AGAGUUAAAAAAGAAAUUAAGUGGAAUUUAUUUUUUGAUAUAUUUUUUUAGUAAUUAUAUUAAAUAUAAACAAUAUAAUUUAUAAUUAUUAAUAAUAAUUGAAGGAAAAAUCAGUUAGUUUUUUAAUGAUUUGGAAAUGUUUACAUAAUUCUUAUGUUUUUUCAAAAUUAAAAUCAAUUUAAAGUAUAUUAGACACCGCCUAAACAAAAAUGCCUUUGGCUAAUCCAAAUGAACCAUGGAGAGGCCAAGCUGGUGGGCAAGUUGAUCAAGAUGUAGAAAUGAUGGUCGAUGACGAUAAAAAACCAUCAGAAGCUAGUUUUUGUGGUAGUGGCGGAGGAAAUGGUACUAAUGGCGAUGAUACCCAUAUGAGUGAAAGUGAAAUUGAACUUAAGGAUUAUGGUACCGAAAAAGCAGAUCCAUCACAAUUUGAAUUGUUAAAAGUUUUAGGGGAAGGAUCAUUUGGUAAAGUUUUUCUUGUACGAAAAAUAGUUGGAAAGGAUGCCGGAACUUUAUAUGCAAUGAAAGUAUUAAAAAAGGCAACAUUAAAAGUAAAGGAUCGAGUACGUAGUACAAAUGAAAGAAAUAUUUUAGCAGAAGUUGGGCAUGCAUUUAUUGUUAAACUACAUUAUGCCUUUCAAACACCUGGAAAAUUGUAUCUUAUAUUAGAUUUUUUGAGAGGCGGAGAUUUAUUUACACGUCUAAGUAAAGAAGUAAUGUUUACAGAAGAAGAUGUUAAAUUUUAUUUAGCAGAAUUAGCAUUAGCAUUAAAUCAUUUACAUAGUUUAGGAAUUAUUUAUCGUGAUUUAAAACCCGAAAAUAUAUUAUUAGAUCAAGAUGGUCAUAUUGCAUUAACUGAUUUUGGUUUAUCGAAACAACCAUUAGAUGGAUCGAAGACAUUUAGUUUUUGCGGCACUGUUGAAUAUAUGGCACCAGAGGUUGUUAAUCGUAAAGGACAUCAUUUUGAUGCUGAUUGGUGGUCGUUUGGUGUUUUAAUGUACGAAAUGUUAACUGGCAACUUACCAUUUCACGGAGCUAAUAGGCAAGAAACCAUGAAUCAAAUUUUGCGAACAAAAUUGGGAAUGCCAGAAAAUUUAAGUCCUGAAGCGCAGUCUUUGUUGAGGGCUUUAUUUAAAAGGAAUCCUCAGAAUAGAUUAGGUGCAGGUCCUGGUGGUAUAGAAGAUUUAAAAAAACAUGAGUUUUUUGCUACUAUAGAUUGGGAAAAAUUGGAAAAGAAAGAAAUAAGGCCCCCAUUUAUUCCAGCUGUUUCAAGAGAUGAUGCAUUUUAUUUUGAUUCGGAAUAUACAAGUAAAUCACCUAAAGAUUCUCCAGGAGGUUGUGUCAGUGCUAGUGCACAUGAAAUAUUUCGUGGAUUUAGUUUCGUUGCACCAUGUCUUCUUGACGAUGAUGGAAGCGGUAUUUGUGGUGGAUCUACGCAAACAACAGAGUCCCCAUUAUUUUUAACAAACAACGAUGAAACCAUGACUAAUGCUGGAGCGACAAAUCCAGCACCGGUAGCGUCAAGAAUUCCCAUUUGUUAUAACAAUGUUCUUCCCGGUGUUGUUAAAGCUGGUAAUUUAGGAGAUGAAUAUAAUAUUAUGCAGGAACUGGGACGUGGAACAUUCUCUGUUUGUCAUUUAUGUGAGCAUAAAUCAAGUAAAAAACAAUUCGCAACUAAAAUUAUUAACAAAAGUAAACAUGAUUGUCGUGAAGAAAUUGAAAUUUUAUUGCGUUAUGGCAAUCACCCUAAUAUAGUCUCGUUAUUUAGCGUGUAUGAAGAUUCAACUUAUGUUUAUUUAGUUAUGGAGCUUUUAAAAGGUGGCGAACUUUUAGAUAGAAUUUUAGCGAUUCAAAGAAUGUGUGAAGGUGAAGCGAGCGCUGUUAUGAGAACUGUUGUUUCAGCUGUAGCAUAUUUGCAUGAACAUGGUGUUGUACACAGGGAUUUAAAACCUUCAAAUUUAUUAUACGCAUCUAUUCAUCAAACCCCAGAAUCUUUAAAACUUUGUGAUUUAGGAUUCGCAAAACAGCUUCGAGCUGAUAACGGCCUUUUAAUGACCCCCUGUUAUACAGCAAAUUUUGUUGCUCCAGAAGUUUUAAAACGACAAGGUUAUGAUUUAGCGUGCGAUAUAUGGUCAUUAGGUGUUUUAUUAUAUAUUAUGCUUGAUGGUAAAACACCAUUUGCUUCAACACCAAAUGAUUCACCAUCAAUGAUUUUAUCACGUAUCGGAUCUGGGUAUGUUGAUCUUGAAACAGGUCAAUGGCACCAUAUAUCACCAAAAGCUAAAGAAUUAAUAAGACAAAUGUUACAUAUUGUACCGCAAUCGAGGCCAACAGCAACCCAAAUUCUUAAUUAUCCAUGGUUGUGGCAACAGACCCCAAUUACAAUACGAUCAACGAUUAAUGAAAAUAUUGGUUUUUCGGAAGCAGCUGCUCUAAAAGGUGCAGUACAUGCGACAUACCGUGCUUUAAUAUCAGCACCACAAUCAGCUAAUGUCGGACCAGUUGGCUUAUCGGAAUUAGCACAACGUAGAGCAAAAGACAAAGUCAAUCUAAAUUCAUAACUUAUUUUUAUAAAAUCAUAUUAUAAAUUAUAAAUUAAUAUAUACAUUAUAUCAAAUUAAUUUAAUUAUUUAAAAACAAAACAUACAAAAUAAAUCUACAAAAUAAAAAAAAAAAUUAAAUGAAAUAAAAAUUUUUAAACGUGAAAAAAAAAAAAAGAAUAAUAUAAAUUUUUUCCAAAAAAAAAUCUUAAUUCUUCCCCAAAAAACAAAAAAAAUGAAAAAAAUUAAAAAAAUAUCUUUUUUUAGAAAAAUAUUUAAACAUAAAUUAUACAUUUAAAUAUAAUUAUACAAAUCUUACAUAUUCCAUAAAGCGUAAAUGUGUGUUUAUUGUU